AUGAUCUUUCGCUUAUUAUUAUUAUUAUCAUUAUUCUUAAUCUUACUUACUACACAUUUCAUUCAGUGUGAAGAUUUAGAACAUUCCAAAAAUGAAUUAUUUAGGACGGAAUUCGUGAAUAAUAAUGAAUCUAAAAAAUAUAACUUGGUAAAUACAAGUAGUUUAUCAAAUACUUGGAAAACUACUAAAGAAGCCAUAGCUAAUAAUGUUAGUAAAAUGUUUAGCUUCCAGAUCUUAAAUCUUGAUCAAGUAAUCUCUGCUAGAGAAUUAAUGGACUAUGUAACUACUGGUAUUAGUUGUGUGCCUAAUUUAAGUUUGCAAAGACUAACAUAUGAAACAGUUUUUAAUUCAGGUAUUCAAAAGUUAGAAAGAUCUCUUAACUUGAAUUCUCACCAUCUUUCAAUAGGUGAAAGAUUAAUAAUGCAAAGCAGUAAACAAUCUUUUAGUCUAAGUAAGAUAAAGAAUAAAAACGACAAAGGUAAUUUAUCUCGUAUUUUUGUAACACAACAUCAAACUAACAAUGACCUAAAAUGUGCUUUAAAAGAGUCAAUAACAAAUGUUGAAAAAAAAAUUGAAAAAGCUAGAGUAAAUGAACCACGAAAAAGUCCCAUGGAGGGUGAAUUGAAGGAUAUAGAAAUAAUUAAAAGUAAGAGAAAGAUCAUGAGUGGAGAUGAUGUCCUGGAAAAAGUAAUAAAUGACGCUAGAAGACUGAAAUUAACUGAAAUGAGAAAAUCAAAUUUAAAUUCAGUUGAUCUGAUCGUUCCUGUACCACCAAAUCUAGAUGAAAACACAAGCUUUAAUAGCAUUAAUAAUUUAGAUAUACCCAAUGAUCAUGAAAAUAAUAGUGCCGAUUCACAAAACUUAUUUCGACAUUUGUCUAUCCCCGAAUUAUUUGAAGGCUCUAAUGGAAGCGUUGAAUCUAAAAAAAGAAAUAGAAGAUUACCACCAGGAGCAGAGAAAGAGUUAGAAGAAUUUUUUGCUAGACAAUCUAAAAAUAUUUCGGAUGACAUUCAUUCUAAGGCAAUUAUUGAACGUAGGACUAAGCUUUCGAAAGUAAGUGAAUGUAACGAAUCAAGGAGCGGUAACCCCUAUAGACCGUUGGAAUGA